AUGUUUCUUUGUUCUUAUGGCUUUGAAUUAGAUGAUGAUACAGUUACCAAUGCUUCGUAUGAGUUGAAAGGCCUAGAAGGAAUAGUGAAAUUUAGCUCAAGAUGGCUAUUACAACAAUUGAUUAUAUACCUUCAUGAGCAUCUGAGCUAUAAGUGCAUCCAUAAAAAAUUUGGCACUAUCCUAUACAAUAAGAGAGGUGACCUGUUGAAGAGCCUGUCCUGGGCUUUAGGUUCUAAAGGCAGUGCAGAGAGCUCUGUUUCUGCUUUCUCCUUAAAUAGUCCUAAUAAUGAGAGUGAGUUAUUGGAUGACGCAGGGAAAAUAAUUAAUGCUUUGAUACAUAAAGAGAUAGACAGAAUAAGCCAGAGUUUUACAAACAGUAAAUUUGAUCCAUGUUCUUUUAAAUUAAAAGAAUCUAUUGAAGCUAUUAAUCCAAUGCUAUGGCGUUUCCUGUGCACCAUAACCAAAUCUGUACGGGAAUACUUGGGCAAAGCUGUUCCUCCUUCUAAAGAAGUAAUGCGCUACUUUCUAUUGUGUCAGCUAAUGCACUGUGCUAAUCAACAGUUUCUGUCUCCUUUGCAUUACAUCUUAGCUGAUACCAUUGAAUUGUAUGGUGGGUCACGAAAGCUAAUGAAGCUAUUUAAUAGGCUAGGUAUUGUGUGCUCAACUGACACACAUGACAGAAUAGUAACUGAAAUAGCAGAGAAUGAAAGGGCUAAGCAAGUUAGUCAAAGUCUGAUACCAAACGCCUUUACUGUAACUAGUGUAGAUAAUAUUGACAUAUUGAAAUCACAUGCAGCUGUAUAUUGUGGCGAUCAAGGUAGAAGCUAUCAUGGAACAACAAUUCAAAUUGUCCAACCCAAUCCACUUUUACUUCUCACCUCUGGUUCUAUGCUCGGAUGCACACACAAUGAAAGUAUGUGUACAUGUACAAAUAACAGCAGCAUUACUGAAUUACAUGUAGCUACAGCUGUUACUAGUGCUUUAAAUGAAUCACUAAUUCCAAUAGAGUCUGCUGCUUUAAAUGAAUCAGUGAUUCCAACAGAGUCUGCUGCUUUAAAUGAAUCAGUGAUUCCAACAGAGUCUGCUGCUUUAAAUGAAUCAUGUGCACUGAUUCCAACAGACUCAAAUUAUACAUGUAACUACCCAGAUAAUAUGCCUAAUGAUAGUAUGCUCACUAUGGCAAUAGCUACUCACAAUUUACCUGAUACCACAAUAGCUAUGACUGCUCCCUCUAAUCUACAUGUAGCAGAUGCCACUUCUGAUCUUCUGUUGCACUACUCAAAACCUCCAUUGCCUAAAAAAAGAAGAACAGUGUCAGUAAAACACCAUUUAGAAAAUAUUUCUCUACACAAAGAGGUACAUGUACAUGUAAUCAAUCCAGCUGAAAAACAGGUUCUAACAAUAGGAGUAGAAAUGAAUGGUUUUAAGGAAAAUGAGAAAGAGUCUAACGAGAAAAAGAAAAUUGAGUAUAGAUACUUGUGUUACAUGUAUUGUAAAGAGGCAUUACAAAGCGAGAAAUUGCUUAAGCCAUUACAUCAAUUCCUCUCUGAGGAAACGAAUUUACCUACUUCCAAUAUAUACUACAUGGAAGUGAUCGAUGAGAACCCUGACUCAACUGAAACUAUGAAAUUAGUGUCAGAGCUCUUAUUAGAUGAACCAGCACUCAAUAUUGGAGGCUACACAGUAGUGGUUGGUGAUGGGAAAACAUACACUCAUUUACAGAAAGUUAAGCGCUUAUAUGGAAAGGAGAUGACUACUUUGCUAAUAUACCCAGGUGACUGGCACCUUCUUAAAAAUUAUCAACAAGUUUUACUUAAAAUAUAUUACUCAGCAGGACUUAAAGAGUUAGCUGAAGCAGCUGGGUUCAAGGGAGCAACACUUAAAGCGCUACAAAACUGCUCCAAUUUCAAACAUUCACAUCACUUUCUACUACAAACAUGGGAAUCACUCUAUAGAGUUAUGCUGCAACAAUUCUUAAUAGAUAAACCCAAUGUCAUGGGCGAUAUUUCAAUUAUUAUCAAAGAGUCAGAACUCCGCAAUGACACACCAAUCAAUCUGAUAGAACAUAUUAAGGAGUAUAUGGGGUACAAGCAGUACAAUUCUUUCCUCACAUUUAUUGAGGAGCAUGCAAUACAUGAUGAUACAUGGCAAUUUUGGGCAAGAUUUGUUUUUGAAGAUUGCAUGGCAUAUGUUAAUCUUUUUAUUGCCAUUCGACACAGAAAUUGGCAUUUAAGGAUUGCAGCAAUAAAACUAAUGGCACCCCUGUUUGCAGCAUUUGAUCGCACAUGCUAUGAGCGUCUAAUACCAGCACAUCUUGCUGACAUACAAACAUACCCUAAAAAUGUACUAGAAUGCUUUGAGAACGGUGGUUUUGCUGUGAGUAUUAAUGGUAAUGGUGGUCGCUCAGUUGCAUUAGAUGAAGCUCAUGAAAUGUGCGUAAAUAAAGAUUUAAAAAUGGCUAUUGCAAGACCAACACAGGCAUACUUACAGAAGAUGUCAAUCUACUUAAGAUAUAGAGUAACACAACAUAAAAACCUCAUCAAUGAGCUAUUCUCAAAGGACAAUGAACAAAUACCACAGCCAACAUUGUAUGAACAAGAAUCACUGAUAUGGAAAGAUGAGGCGAACAUCAAAUCAAUGACCGAAUUGAUUGAAAAUUUUCAACUUCUACCAUCUUCCCUAGAGUCAAACAGAGGUUUAUUCAACCCAUUUUCAAAAGUUCACGCCACAGCUGAACAGUCACAUGACCUAUUAAAUUACAGAGAUAUUGGUAAUAGACAAUUUGAACAGUAUGUCACACACAGAAUUGCACAAACACCCAGUACAUCACAGGCACCAGUUAGGAAGAAAAGGCUACUUACAAUGAGUUCACAGAAGCAAAAGAGAAAGAGAGAAACAAGCAAAGAGAAAGAGCUACAUCAAGUAAUUAAGUGUAUCAGAAGAAAGAUGUCAUGGAUGAAUGAAACUGGUGAAAGAUUUGAACCUGCAGAUGAGCAAUACUCGGUGUAUCCAAGGGCAAUUUGUGAUACAGAUGGUAGCCCACAUAAGGGAAAUAAGUGUAUAUGGACUAGUAAAGUAGAGAGUAGGUACGGGAAUCAGCUUCAAGUGUUAUCUAAUAAUUUGCCUUCCCAAUGGUUUCCACAAGUAGUCCUGAUUGAUGGCAUGUUUAUUAUUAAUAUAACGCCACUCAGAAAAAAUAAAACUACGUGUAUCUUAGACUAUUCUCUGAUGCUUUACAACAGAUUCAUAGACAGCCAUUACAAGGCUGGUGCUACAGAGGUACACAUAAUUUUUGAUAACCAAUUACUAGACAAAUUUAGCCCAAAAGUAUUUGAGAGACAAAGAAGAGAUUAUAAUACGUCAUGCUCUAAUGAUGUACAUGUACAUGUACACAUCACAUUUACUCCCAACUUAUCAGUGCCUAGUCAAUGGAGAGAGUAUCUUACAUGUAACUGCAGAUCAUGUAAAAGAGCACUAGUUGAAGCUAUUGGGACUUGUUUCAUGGAAAACACAAUGCAUAGGUUAACAGUCAACCAGUCAUUAAUUCUUGCAGGAUGCAAAACAGAUCACAGAGCAAUGGUUAUUAGAGGAGGUAGUAUCUUACCUGAUGAGAGGUAUACAUCAAAUGCAGAGGAAGCAGACAUGAAAUUAUGGAAGCAUGCCCUUGAGUGCCAUGAACAAAGAAUACUAAUUUAUAGUCCAGACACAGAUGGCUUGAAAAUCAAAUCAGCUACUUCUGGCUACUGCUGA